AUGGAUGGAGAAACUGCACUAGGAAAGAAUUUGUUUGUGUACUUCUAUGUGUGCUUGGAGGCAUUGAAAAGGGGGUGGAAGGAAGGAUAUAGAAGAAUAAUAGGAUUUGAUGAAUGUUUCUUAAAGGGUUCUUGCAAGGGUGAACUUUUAGUAGCAGUUGGCAAGAAUAAAAACAAUCAAAUGUUUCCUAUAGCCUGGGCAGUUGUAGAUAAGGAAACUAAGCAUAGUUGGAGUUUCUUUAUAAAUUACUUGAAAGAGGACCUGCAGUUGGGUACUGGACAGGGUCUUACUGUGAUGGCAGAUAUGCAAAAGGGUUUUCAUGCAGCAGUUACUGAACUGCUACCAAAUACUGAAGUUAGAAUGUGUUCUAGACAUAUUUGGUCUAAUUGGAAUCAAACCUGGAAAGAAGAGGAAAGGAAAAAACAAUUUUGGAGAUGUUCAAAGUCAAGUUUUGAAGUGAAGUUCAAGGAUGAGCUUCAUAAAAUGAGCAAACUUGGUAAGGAUAUUUGUGCUUAUUUAUUGCAUUAUCCAAAGGUGUCAUGGGUUAAGGCAUUCUUUCAAGAGCAUUCCAAAUGUGAUGUAGUUAAAAAUAAUAUGUGUGAGACCUUUAACUCAUGGAUCAUAUCAUGUAGACACAAAUCUAUAAUAACCAUGUUGGAGGAAAUUAGGAGAAAGAUAAUGACAAGAACUGUGGACAUGAUCAAGUUUGCCAACACCUGGAUAUCUGAUAUUGCACCUAUGGCUAGACUUAUCUUAGAGGAGAAUAAGGACAAGUCUAGGACAUGCAAGGUGCUUUGGAAUGCUGAUGUUGGGUUUGAGAUUGGAGAAGGGGAGUACAAGCAUAUAGUUAACUUGGCUGAUAGAGUUUGUAAUUGUAGAACUUGGCAACUGAGAGGCAUUCCAUGCCAACAUACUAUUGUUGCUUUGUGCCACAUAGAACAGGAGCCUGAACCUCUUGUGGAGCAUUGGUAUAAGAAGGAUACCUUCUUAAAGGCUUAUAGUUAUUUCAUCCAACCAAUUCCAAAUAUGAAGAUGUGGCCUGAAACUAACAAUCCAAGGAUUGAACCUCCUGAACCUAAACCAAUGCCUGACAGACCUUCAAGAAAUAGAAGAAAGGGAAAAGAUGAACCUAGAAAGAAGUAUGGAAAAAUUUCUAAACAAGGGGUGAAACAGACUUGUUCCAUGUGUAAACAACAAGGUCAUAACAAGAGAUAUUGCAAGGUUGCUGCUCAAACUUCAGAAGCAGCUACCCAUAACUCACAAUUUACUGGUCAAAGCUCAUAA